CUUUAUCCAAAUCCAGAUGAAGGAUAUGAAGAAUUGUUUCUUCUCCCCUUAAAUGAGGAGAUGGAUAGCUUCUCUCCCUCUUCCAUCCUAGUUUUAAAAAAUCAACGAUGCCACUCUUUUCUUUAUCAAACUCCAAAUGCUUUUGGAGAACUUCAAUUGCAUUUGCAUUUUCCUUAACCUUUCUCUUCAUUGCAAACUCAACCACACUCCAAACCCCAUCUCCAACUUCAUGCAAUAACGACCCUUACAAGCAACUCAACCUUAUCCUCAACCCAAACGGCACCGUCACGCGCCCCAAUAAACCCCCAGAGAGCCCUCCCGCCCCCGAUCCCACCACCCCCAACCUCGUACUCUCCAAAGACCACACCAUUAACCAAUCGAAAGGCACGUGGGUGAGGAUCUACCUACCCCGCAAAGCACUCGAUCACAGCUCCAAACUCCCCCUUGUGGUUUUCUUCCAUGGGGGCGGGUUCAUAUUUCUCAGUGCGGCCUCGACGAUUUUCCACGAUUUCUGCCUCAACAUGGCAAACGACGUCGCUGCCAUCGUUGCGUCCGUAGAGUACCGUCUCGCACCGGAACACAGACUCCCCGCGGCGUACGAGGAUGCCGUGGAGGCGCUACACUGGAUAAAAACCAACCAAGUGGAUGAUUGGCUGAAAAAUUACGCUGAUUAUUCCCAUGUUUAUCUCAUGGGGAGUAGUGCGGGAGGAAACAUAGCCUACAACGCGGGUCUACGUGUAGCUGCGGCCAAUGAUGAUGAUCAAGAGCUUAAGAUCAAAGGGCUUAUUUUGGUGCAACCGUUUUUCAGUGGGACCCACAGGACGGGUUCGGAGCUGAGGCUUGCGAAUGAGCCUCAUUUGUCACUGUGUAAUAACGAUGCGUUGUGGGAAUUGUCGUUACCGGUUGGGGUUGACCGUGAUCACGAGUAUUGCAAUCCGACGGCGGGGAAUGGUGGGAAGAGAGUGGAAAUGAUCAAACAUCGUGGAUGGUGGGUACUGGUUACCGGGUGUCGCGGUGACCCACUUGUGGAUCGUCAAGCGCAGUUAGUGAGGUAUAUGCAAAGAGAGGGUGUGAGAGUUGUGGGACAUUUCACAGCGGGGGAUUAUCAUGGGAUUCAAGACACUCAGCCUUUGAAAGCAAAGGAACUCUUUGUGGUUGUCAAAACUUUUAUCGAAGCUCUGUCUUCUGUGAAUUGAGUGAAGCAUUGUCUUUUGAGGAUAUCAAAAUCGACAAUUUUAAACAAUAAAGAUUUCAAUUUUGCAUUUUCUA